GUGCAGUUUUGUUCGGUCUUCCGAGUCUGGACCCUGGACUCAGUUUGGACCCUGUGAGCCUCAGAGCCGCGACAUGAAGGAACUCAUGAAGAUCCGAGUGGAACCUCCAGGGGUCACCUGUGGAGACCCACCUGAGAAGUUCUGCAGCCUGGAUAAUCCAUACUUGUGCAGUGACGAAUGCGACGCCUCGAGCCCUGACCUCUCUCACCCCCCUCAGCUGAUGGGCGAUCGAGAGAGGGGCGGGCUCGUCACCUACUGGCAGACGGUCACAUGGUCACGCUUUCCUGAGCCGCUGUUGGCCAAUGUCACUCUGUCCUGGAACAAAACUCUGGAGACCACUGAUGACAUCAUCAUCACCUUCGAAUCUGGACGUCCCUCUGCCCUGGUGCUGGACAAGUCCCUGGACCGAGGGCAGACGUGGCAACCGUACCAGUUUUAUGCCGACGAUUGUCUGGAAACGUUUGGGAUGUUUCCAAAAAAAGUGUCUGACCUUUCACCUUCGAACUUGACCCGGGUCAUCUGCACCGAGGAGUACUCGCAGUGGGUAGGAGCCAAGGAGGAGAAGCAGGUGGUCUUCGAGGUCCGGUCCCGGUUCUCAGUCUUGGCUGGUCCAAAGCUCUUAAACAUGGACUCAGUCUGGACCCGACUGGACUCGAGUCCUGGUCUCAGGGACUUCUUCAGCUUCACUGACCUGAGGCUGCGCCUGCUGCGGCCUGCGCUUGGAGGAACCUACGUCCAAAAGGACCAACUACUCAAGUACUUCUACGCCAUCAGCAAUGUGCAGGUACCCGCCAGGUGUAAGUGUAAUCUCCACGCUUCCCGCUGUCUGCUCCAGGACUCAGCUCUGGUCUGUGACUGUGACCACUUCACGACAGGUGCAGACUGUGAGCGCUGCCGACAGGGCUUCACCCGCCAACCGUGGAGGGCAGGGUCGUACCUUCCACUGCCACAAGGGGCCGCCAACAUCUGUGAGACUCUUACAUCUGCCCAUGGAGCGUGUGAGUGUAACGAUCACUCAAAUCGCUGCAGUUUCAUUGACUUCCUGGAGGUGGUGACGUGUGUGAGCUGCAAACACAACACCAGAGGAACUAAAUGCCACCUGUGUCGCCUGGGGUACUACCGCAACGAUUCUGUGCCCAUGAGCAACGAACAGGCCUGCACAGAAUGCCGCUGUGACCCCGUGGGCAGCAUGAGCUCCAUCUGCUCUGAGACUGGGGCUUGUCCCUGUAAAACCGGAACCACCGGGAGGCGCUGUGACUCCUGCCUGCCUGGGUACAACUGGAGAGAGAGAGGCUGUGCAGAAAACAUUUGUGAUGAAGAUCAGCUUCUGUGUCAGAACGGAGGAACAUGUAUGGACUUCACCAAGUGCUCCUGCCCCUCCAACUACACAGGAUCGUUCUGUGAGCAGGAGCUGUGUCUGGAGACUGAAGGAUGUUCACAGGAAGCCACUGACUCCGCCCCUCAGCCUUUCAUGGCCACGCCCCUGUACCUGAUGCUCUUCCUCCUUCUGACGAGACACGCCCCCUCCUGACAAGACACGCCCCCUCCCGACG